AUGUCUGACCAGGGACGCGAAUCUUUCACCGACAAGGUCUCGAAGACCGUCAUGCCCGACAGCCAGAAGUCUGGUAUGGACAAGACCAAGGACAAGGCAUCUGGUGGCAUGGACAGCGUAGCCGGUUCCAUGCAGCCUGACAGCAUGAAGUCGGGCUCGCAGAAGGCGGGUGACAAGAGCUCUAGCAUGUACGAGCAAACCAAGGACGCCGUCAGCAACACCUUCUCCAGUGACAACAGUAGGUUUCUUCUAUCCUAUCGUGCGAAAAGGGACAAAUGA